AUGCAGAGCUGUACACUCUAUAUACUGAGCAAGUUCAAUUAUAAGGCAAUUGAUAGCUUGAUUUUGUUAUUGGAAGAAAAGGAUGCCUAUGUGGUACCUAUCCAGAUUACCAUAGCAAAUGAACACAGGGACUCUGCUACAAUAUUCAGAAAUGGCUGGCAAUCUUGGGGACCUGACCAGCUCCCAGGUUACAAUGAUAAUGUUCAUAUCCAAUUUUUGUGGAUCUGGGAAGAAUUGGAUUGGCACCUUAUAGAGACGACAGAGGCAGUGUAUCAGGAGAGCAGGUAUGGAGGAAAAUAUCUGGAGAAGGAAGGGCUUACAGAAUAUCAUAUUAAUAUGUCUGUUGCGGAUUUGAAUAGUAGAAUCGGCCAAGCUCUGAAGAUUGCCCAUGCAAAAUAG